CUCUCUGCCUAAACACACAGGCGUCUCUCUUUCUUCUUCCUUGACUUCACUCGUACGGAAAAACUCCCAUCAACACAAAUCUCAACCACCACACAACGCACACAGAUAUUUUUUAUAGAGAGAGAAAGUGUGGUUUAUAGAGAGAGAAACGAGAGAGAUGGGAGACAGCUCAAUGGGGGUGCUGGUGCCCUCCGUCAAGUCGGAACCGAUGUCCUCCGACGCCGUCGCCGCUCCACUCCCUCCGCCGGAGACGACGGCGGCGGCGGCGGAGCUGGACAAGGACUUCUUGUGUCCGAUAUGCAUGCAGAUCAUCAAGGACGCGUUUUUGACAGCUUGUGGACACAGCUUUUGUUACAUGUGCAUUGUGACUCACCUUCGGAACAAGAGCGAUUGUCCUUGUUGCAGUCACUACCUCACCACCAACCAUCUCUUCCCUAAUUUCCUCCUCAAUAAGUUAUUGAAGGAGACUUCUGCUCGUCAAAUAGCAAAAACUGCUAGUCCUUUUAAACAACUUCAUCAUGCAUUGCAACAGGGUUGUGAUGUGUCAGUUAAGGAGCUAGACAGUCUCUUGACUCUGCUUGAAGAGAAAAAGAGAAAAAUAGAACAAGAAGAAGCUGAGACAAAUAUGCAGAUUCUCCUAGACUUUUUGCAUUGCCUAAGGAAGCAAAAGCUUGAAGAGCUCAAUGAGAUACAAACUGAUCUCCAGUACAUUAAGGAGGACAUAAACGCUGUGGAGAGACAUAGAAUAGACUUAUAUCGGGCAAAAGAGAGAUAUUCAGUAAAACUGAGGAUGCUUUUAGAUGAUCCUUCUGCAACGAAAGCAUGGCCAUCAUUGAUGGAUAGACGUAGAUGUGGCAUCCUUUCUAGUAUCCCCCCCAGUCCACAGGGCCUAUGCUGGAUGAAUGAAGGCAAUUCACAGAACAGGAAAGUUGAUGGAAAGGCUCUUGUAAGCUCUCAAAUGGUGCAAAGAAAGGAUUCUUACAGUGGGCCAGAUUCACAUGUUACUCAAUCAGGGCUUGCAGUAGCACGGAAAAGGAGGGUCCAUGCACAGUUCAAUGACUUACAAGAGUGUUACUUACAAAGGCGACGGCAUUGGGUCCGACAGUCGUACAAACAGGAAGAAAGGGACACAAAUGCCAUGAAUAGAGAAGGUUAUCAUGCAGGACUUGAGGAUUUCCAGUCUGUGCUGUCUACCUUUACACGAUACAGCCGAUUGAGGGUCGUUGCUGAACUUAGGCAUGGAGAUCUUUUUCACUCGGCCAAUAUUGUAUCAAGUAUAGAAUUUGAUCGAGAUGAUGAAUUGUUUGCUACUGCUGGAGUUUCAAGGCGCAUCAAGGUUUUUGAAUUUUCAUCGUUGGUGAAUGAAUCAGUAGAUGUGCAAUUUCCUGUUGUGGAAAUGUCCACACGCUCUAAACUUAGUUGCUUAAGCUGGAGUAAGUGCACGAAAAACCAUAUAGCCAGUAGUGAUUAUGAGGGAAUAGUGACUGUUUGGGAUGUAACUACUCGUCAGAGUGUGAUGGAGUACGAGGAGCAUGAAAAACGAGCAUGGAGUGUAGAUUUUUCACGCACUGAACCUUCAAUGCUUGUAUCCGGGAGUGACGACUGCAAGGUCAAAAUUUGGUGCACAAAUCAGGAAGCAAGUGUUCUUGAUAUUGACAUGAAAGCAAAUAUAUGUUCUGUCAAGUAUAAUCCGGGAUCUAGCUUUUAUGUUGCAGUGGGUUCUGCAGAUCAUCACGUUCACUAUUAUGACUUGAGAAAUGUUAGCCAACCGCUGCAUGUUUUCAGUGGACAUCGAAAAGCUGUUUCAUAUGUAAAAUUCCUGUCCAGCAAUGAACUUGCUUCUGCAUCUACUGACAGCACAUUGCGAUUAUGGGAUGUUAAAGAAAAUCUGCCCCUGCGCACUUUUAGAGGCCACACGAAUGAGAAGAAUUUUGUCGGUCUCACGGUAAACAGCGAAUACAUUGCUUGCGGCAGUGAAACAAAUGACGUUUUUGUCUAUCACAAGGCUAUUUCUAGGCCUGCAGCUUGGCAUAGGUUUGCUUCUUCAGAUUUGGAUGAUGUUGACGAUGAUGCAGGAUCAUAUUUCAUUAGUGCUGUAUGUUGGAAAAGUGACAGUCCAACAAUGCUAGCUGCCAAUAGUCAAGGAACAAUUAAAGCUCUUGUACUUGCUGCUUGAAUGACAUAUGAAAUAAUCCCAGUGGUGGAGGAACUAACCUACUAGCUCCUGUGAUCCCUACGUGCGGUGUUGUGACACAGCAUUGGUAAUGAAGUUUGAUCUUGCAUUUCGUAACAAUUGUAACCCCGUAACUAUUGUUGGGUAAGUAGCUGCACGUUCAUUCAGGUAUUUUAUGGUCAUGAAGUCAAGUUCGUUCCUGCAAACAGGUCAGAGCCUUCUUUAAUUGCAGUUAUUUAGAUGAAUAAAUGUAAAGCCAAGAAAGAAAAAGAGGGAGAUUGAAGUAAGAAAUGUGUGAAAGUCAAUUAGGAGGCUUGAAACAUUGAGAGCAUCAAGAGCCACGCUGCCACGGUGAAAAUGGCUGUGGAAAUUCCACGUUACAUAGUAAUAUGUUUUGUGCAUAACCAUUGAUUGUAAACAUUAUUUUCAGGUGAAUCUUCUUUUUUUUUUUUGCCUGUUUUAACCUAUCUUAUACCAGGUACAGAGAUGUGAAAUUGUCAUUAAGUAUGUAUUUUGUAAACGUCUGAUCUCUACCAAUUGUGUACUAUUUGGUUCCAAAAUGGAGAUGUUCUGAUCUGAAAAUGUCAUUAUUUAUAAAAUUUUCAUAGCACACCCAUUACCAAUUA